AAGCAAAACAGACGUCACCAACACCGAAAUAAAACCACCGUUAGGUGUAAAUAGAAAAUUAAUAGAACUUUCAGGAGAGAAAAAGAAGCAUGCAGAAGAACAUGGAAAUACUUAGAUCAAUGAGAAUCAAACUAAAAGCAAAAGAAAAGCGAGAGAUGAAGAAUCUUAAAAGCCAAAAAAAAACAAUAGACUAUGAUUAGAGAAUAACUAAACGCGAAGUAAUCUCUUCUUUAACUUUGUUGUCGAUAUUACUCAUCAAUCUCAGAAGCAGAGCACUCUCUGUUCUGUUUUCAUAAAGGAUCCCUAAUAAAACCAUCGUCCAGGGUUUGAUCCGCCGAGAAAUAGGAGAAAAAUGGGGUUUCUCUUUGGUUUGUUCAUAGGAAUCGCAGUUUCUAUCGGUUUGGUCGUUGCAUUUGCACGCUAUUCUAAUGUCAGAUCCACUCGUCGAGCUGAAUUGGCGAGAACCAUUGCUGCAUUUGCAAGAAUGACUGUUCAAGAUUCAAGAAAACUUCUCCCUGGAGAAUUUUACCCUUCUUGGGUUGUAUUUUCACAGAGACAAAAGUUAAAUUGGCUUAAUCUUGAACUUGAAAAGAUCUGGCCUUAUGUAAACGAGGCAGCUUCUGAGCUGAUUCGAAGCAGUGUGGAACCAGUUCUUGAACAGUACACACCAGCUAUGAUAGCAUCUCUCAAGUUCUCUAAAUUAACACUAGGGACUGUGGCUCCUCAGUUCACAGGAGUUUCCAUCUUAGAAAAUGAAAGUGGACCUACUGGAAUUACGAUGGAACUUGAAAUGCAAUGGGACGGUAAUCCAAAAAUCGUGUUGGAUGUCAAAACUUUACUUGGUGUGGCUUUACCGAUUGAGGUGAAAAAUGUAGGAUUCACGGGCGUUUUCAGGUUGAUUUUCAAACCUCUUGUUGAUGAGUUCCCUUGCUUCGGUGCACUUUCUUAUUCACUACGAGAGAAGAAAGGGCUUGAUUUUACACUAAAGGUUAUAGGUGGUGAGUUAACAUCGAUUCCAGGGAUUUCAGAUGCACUCGAAGAAACUAUUCUUGACGCUAUUGAAGACAGCAUUACAUGGCCCGUUAGAAAAAUUAUACCUAUAUUGCCUGGAGAUUACAGUGAUCUUGAAUUGAAACCUGUUGGAACAUUGGAUGUGAAGCUUGUGCAAGCAAAAGACUUAUCUAAUAAAGACUUGAUUGGAAAAUCUGAUCCUUACGCUGUCGUAUUCAUUCGUCCAUUGCCUAACAAAACUAAGAAGACCAAAACUAUUAGUAACUCGUUGAAUCCAAUUUGGAACGAACACUUUGAGUUCGUUGUAGAAGAUGUAUCAACUCAACAUUUGACAGUAAGAGUUUUUGACGACGAAGGUGUCGGGUCUUCUCAGCUUAUAGGAGCUGCUCAAGUACCGUUAAAUGAACUUGAGCCCGGGAAAGUAAAAGAUAUUUGGUUGAAGUUAGUCAAGGAUUUAGUGGUCCAAAGGGAUACAAAAAAUCGUGGUCAGGUGCAACUGGAGCUCCUAUACUGUCCCUUAGGCAAAGAAAGCGGAUUCAAGAACCCGUUUAACCCGAACUACUCGUUGACCAUUUUAGAGAAGGUACUUAAACCGGAAAGUGAGGACUCUGAUGCUACGGAUGUGAAAAGCUCGCAGAGCCCUAAGAAAACAGAUGUGAUCGUGAGAGGAGUGUUGUCUGUGACAGUGGUGGCUGCUGAAGACUUACCAGCUGUAGAUUUUAUGGGAAAAGCAGACCCAUUCGUAGUUAUCACGUUGAAGAAAUCGGAAGCAAAAUCCAAGACUAGGGUUGUACCGGAUAGCUUGAAUCCGGUUUGGAACCAGACGUUUGAUUUUGUGGUGGAAGAUGCUUUACAUGAUCUUUUGAUUCUUGAAGUAUGGGACCAUGACAAAUUUGGCAAGGAUAAAAUAGGGAGAGUGAUAAUGACAUUGACACGGGUGAUGUUAGAAGGAGAGUUUCAAGAGUGGUAUGAGUUAGACGGAGCUAAAUCAGGGAAGCUUUGUAUCCAUCUCAAAUGGACUCCAAGGCUUAAGCUCAGAGACUCCUCUUGAUUCUACUUUCAACACAUUACUUUUUAUUUGUCCCUUCUUUGCCUUUUUUCUUUCUGUUGUGUAGUGUGUGCUGAUGACCGAUUUUUGUCAUCCUACCUUCCUUGCCAGAGAAGAAAGUAAUAUAAACAAUAUUAAACAGACACUUUUUAGUAUUGUUCAUAUUAUUC